GGUCCUUGUCCGGCACCGAAAGUGCAGCCCAACUUCAACCUUCAACAAUAUCUAGGCAAAUGGUAUGAGAUUGAGAAACUCCCUGCAGCCUUUGAAAGAGGAAAGUGCAUUGAGGCAAACUACGCCAUAAGGAAAGAUGGCACCAUCCAGGUGCUGAACUCUCAGUUCUAUAAGGACAAACUUGGAGUCAGCUUCUCGUAUUUUACUCCCUACAGCCCAUACCUGGUUCUGACCACCGACUACACUACUUUGUCCGUGGUGUACUCCUGCACGGACAUCCUCCGCCUGUUCCAUGUCGAAUAUGCCUGGAUCCUCGGCCGCUCGCGCUUCCUGCCCCCAGAGACGGUGCGCUACGCCAAAAAUCUGCUGAUCAGUGAAGGGAUCGACCUGUUCAGGAUGAAGGCCACAGAUCAGAUGGGCUGCAAGGAUUACUAGGGACUGAUGGAGACUCUCAUUCACUGCACUGUAACCACUGUCCAGUAACCACACAGUGGAUGUGGCAGGGCUUGACACUAAUAUUAGGGCUCUGCAGUGUAUCUUGAGCAUGUUAAUUGAUUUGUUGGAUGAUUGUUACAAGAGGAUUGAGUUUUUGGAGACAGACAAGGUGUUGUAUAUCUGCAUCUUAAUGUUGUGGUCUUAUUUUUGUUUUGUUUUAUUUUUUUUUUUUGUUUGUUUUGUUUUUUGCAUUUUUAGAGAUGUUAAAAAAAGAAACAAAUCUGUUAAUUUUGUAUUCAACCAGUAUUGCAAAUCUCAGUAUGGUUUGCUUGAUUUUUUGCUUGAUGGUUUAUUUUUCCAGCAUCAUCCUCAUGUUGUACCUUCUCAGCAUAAUUCUGACAGAAGAGUAUUUCACAAAAACUAGUUCAAUCUGCAAUGUUUCACUUUUUAAAACAGAUUUUUGUCCAUUCUGUAUCAGCUGCUCAGACUGAUUUUAUAAAACCCACACCACACCAAUGCCUAUUACUCAUUCCUUCAUGCAGU